AUGGAAAUAGAGCAGUUAUCAAUCCUGCAUCAUCAAAUUGCUUAUUUGAUGAAGUUGAAGUUUACUUUUGAUUUGUUGCGAUAUAUUGGUUUAUGUCAGUAUGCACAUGGUGAAGCGGAAAGAAGGCCAGUUUCUAGACAUCCUAAAUAUAAAACCGAAUUCUGUCAACCUUUUCACCAGGUUGGCUAUUGUCCAUAUGGACCGAGAUGCAAUUUCAUCCAUAACGAAGAACAGCCACAUCCUUCGUUGCAAACUCGUCGUAACCAAGCUAAUUGUAGUGGUGACAUCAACGGUACAGCAACAAUAAUAACCGCUACAACAGCAGCUACCACAACGUUAACGUUUGGUAUUUGGCAACCACAUUGUAAUUCAACGGGCGAUUCUCCAGCUCCCAGUUCUGCUGGUUCCAGUAGUGAUAGUUCUAUUGGUUCUGGUAGUGCAAGUUUGGAUUUCGAUGAAAAUACGGGCUCUGUUGGUGCCACCAACGGUUGGGGCGUAUUUGGUGCCAAAUUCAGCAAUAAUGCAAGUUUUAUGGUUCAGUUAAGGGUAUAUCAUUUAAACUGGCCAUCCACAUCAGCCAUAGCGACGACCGCUCGAACAACACCACUCAUUGCACAACCAUUACUCGAUUCGGCACUCUUCAACGAUUUGCUUGAGCUGACAAUUGAUGAGAAGAAGAAGAAAGCAAUUAUUACGAAGACAGUGAGUGGAAGCGCCGUGACCUGCGCACCUUCCGGACGUUUGCCGGUUUUUGCUCGGCUCAGCAAUCCAUCGUCAGCCUCCUGA